UGUCCCCCCCCGGCACGGCCCGGCCCGGCCGGCACUCGGCGCCCGCCAUGGCGGGGCCGAGGAAGGGGCCGGGCGGUGCGGAGGAGCCGCCGCCGCUGCUGGUGAAAAUCGUGAUGGCCGGAGAGUCCUGCGUGGGGAAGACCUCCAUCGUGCGGCGGUACACGGAGCCCGAUUCGCCGCCCGCCGGCACUCCCGCCACCUCCUACUUGGCCACGAUCGGCAUUGAUUUUAAAGUAAAGCUAGUAAUGUUUAAUGACACAAGAGUGAAACUUCAAAUAUGGGAUACUGCUGGCCAGGAACGAUUCCAUACACUUAGUACUAGCUAUUUCCGUGGUGCACAAGGCUUUGUUCUUGUAUAUGACAUCACAAAUCUGAAGAGUUUUCAGAGUAUAACAAUGUGGAUGCAAGACAUAUAUGAGAAAGCAGGUGAUGAAGUGGACGUAAUACUGUUGGGCAACAAGUGUGAUAAGGAGUCAGAACGUGUAGUUCCAAAACAGAAAGGAGAAAAGAUUGCUUGGGAAUAUGGAAUACCAUUUUUUGAAACCAGUGCUAAAGAUAAUGUGAACAUUGAGCAUGCAUUCUCACUCUUGACUAAGGAAAUACUGGAAAAGAAUGUGCACACAGUGAAGAUGCUGUAUGCUGAUGUAAUCAGUGGACCUUUUAUGUUCAGCAGUCAAAUGUUUUAUACAAAGUUCAUAGCUGUUUGUUUGGCUGAUUUACACUAGUGCUUUUGAAGUUAUGGUGACCUAAAGAUUUGAGUUAAUUAGUAGUGGAAUCAAUAUUGUAGCUGUCAGAGUCAGCAUCUCUAACUAACUCAAGUGCAUUGGCUUAAAAGUCCUUAUUCCUUGGAGUUGCAAUACUUUUGUAGGACUGAAUUAUUGUUCAUUAGCUCUGAAAAUGUUUUUGCAUUGUAAUUUAUUUUUAGACAGUAGAAUAUUAUUUUAGACAUUAAUAGAUGUUCUUCAUGCAAUGCAUUAUCAUCGCCAUUCAUCACCAAUAUUAGUUAUACAAAACUAACCUUCCAUUCUGAAUACUGUUGAAGCCAUAAUAAAGAUAAAUGAGCAAAAUUACUGACAAAAUCACAAGUUGCAGUGUUUUGAUUAAGUAGCCAUAGGGGAUGGUCAGAAUAAUAGCUCUGGGUUGGACUGCUUCUAAGUCAAGGUCCUGUUGUAUUAUAUAAC